CUCUUCCCCGCCAAAGUUCUUCUAUUCUAGGCCAGCUAAUCCCGAGAGGGGCGGGGGGCGCUUGCCGCUUCAAAAACUGCGGCACAGCUCUGCUGCCUUUUUUCUCUAGCCUUUCCAACCGAAGCGCGGAAUUUGACCAAGACCAAAGACAGUGGAACUAGAAAUGCACAACGUCUUGAGCAGAAAGAUUAAAGGGCUCGAAGAGCUUCAAAGGUGUUUACCCGACCAGCCAUACAGCAUAAUCCUGCGGCUGAAGCUCGCGAAAGCAUUCAAAGCAUUGGGAUACCCAGACCUUGCAGUUGGCGAUGCGUACAAAGCCCUUCUACUCAUUGACGAGGUUCUAGGCGAAGGCGAAUACUAUGAAGAGGCAUUGCGGACGGCCAAGUCUGACUUGGAAUCCAUACAAGCAAACACUGCCCAAGAUGCCUUCGAGGUUGAAGACCAAAAUGCCGUCGACUGGGCAAAGACGUCUUGUUCUGAAUGCGCGUAUGAAAUCCUUGUAAGCUGUCUCAUAGACUGCGGGUGUCUGCGAAGCGCUUUCAAAUACAAUUCCAGAGCGCUCCGGGAAUUUCCCAAUACCGACCAUUUCAAGUCGUAUCGAGAGAUCUUAGCAUUCAAAGUCAAGUCCUAUUUCGAGGCCAAUGGAGAGACACUCGAUGUAGCAGAUAUCGAGGAGUAUCCAGACAAAGGACUUGUCCGCCGCGAACUUUAUCCAUGGAACCACCAUGAACCUAAUAGGUUUUCACCGGAAACCAUAAGACUUCUCAACGAGGAGAUGAAAAGUGCUGGUCCGAAGCUAGAGGUUAAAGUAACAACCCUUCCUCUCCUAGCAUCCUGGAACCCAACUUCGAGCCAAGUUAAGCAGCUAGGAAUUUUUGCCAAGGAGGAAGUAUCUCCUGGUGAGCUUAUUCUUCGGGAGAAAUCAUUGUUGACGGCAGUAGCAAGGCUCCACGAGUUUUACUGCGAUGCCUGCAGCAAGAAGCUUGACGAAGAUGCCGUUACGCUCACUUGCGAUGACUGUAAUGAAGUCUUCUUUUGCAGUGAAGAGUGCCUGGAACUAGCUCAAUCACAAUACCACCCGGUUCUCUGCGGAGUCAGUUUCGAAAAGAAAGCCCGCCCCAGCGAAGCGCCGGACGUGUUGUAUAGUCUCCUCCUCAUCCGCGCUAUGGCUUUAGCAGAGGUGCAGGGCGCGCACCCACUCGAUCUAAAGGAGGUACGCUAUAUAUGGGGAGACUACCAUGGUCUCAACCUCGAUCGAAUAUCUUGUGUGGAUAGUGAAGAAUACCCCAAAGACCCUUUCCGAUCAGUUCCCCAAACGCUACCGUUCUCCUUCAAUCUCAAUGUCUUAAACCCGCUAAAUAUCCUCUUGAAGAUGGAUGUCAACAUAUUUGAGCAGAGUCAUCGAUACGACACCUGGAUCUUCAACACGCUCUAUGCAAAGUUUCGGGGUACGGCAUCUGCAGAACAAGGUCGCGAUGGUCGCCCAGAGAUCGGAGCUGUUCAUCCUCUUUGGUCUUUGGCCAACCAUAGCUGCAACCCUAAUGUGACCUGGGAAUGGCAAGGAAGCAUCAAGUUUUUAGUUCGAGAUAGUUUAGUGGAAUGGAAGGGAGGAGAACCUAAACAUCAAUCAGGCCUGCUCGCCGGAGAGGAGGUGUUAAGUCAUUACUGCGAUGUCACACUUCCUGUUAAGGAGAGACGGGAGUGGGCUGCUGGAGCGCUGGGUGGUGAAUGUGUAUGUGCAAGGUGUUUGUGGGAGGAAGCCGAAGAGAACAAAGACAAAGAUGACACUGCGAAACUUCAGCCUCGUGCUUGAGGCACAGUAAAGCUCUUUUCGCGGACUUGCACCCUGCCACUGAGCGGGGACCCCAUCUCAGGAUAGAGCCUGAAUCUCCGCGUCUAUACACUCUUGUCAAGGGCCCUGACUUCAUCUCAAGACUGUGGCCCGUUUUCAGGUCCUUGGCAGUCCAGAACACG